ACCUUCUUGUUCAUAUCUAUAUAACAUACACAUAUAUCAUGUCCGACCCUACAGACGGUACACCUAUUACACCCGGUGUCAAAAAGCAAACAAGAAGAUUUGCACCUGUCAAAAGAGGCGGCAAGACAGCUGCUGCUAUCAAACGUGAAGCUGCUGCUGCUGCUACUGCUGCUACCACUAAUACUACUACUACUGCUGAUACGACACAAGGAAGUGAAGCUUCUACAGUAGCAGAAAGUAAUGUCGAAACACACCCUAAACCAUCUAGUAUUGGUACUAUUCGUCCUGAAGGCAUUGGUUCGGGACGUUUACAAAGUGUCAACGACGGUCAAAAGACUCGUGGUGGUGCAGCAAAGGUAAGCAGACCCAAAAAAAAAUUGCUCACAUCAACUCAACACUUGGGAUAGAUGAAAUUCAAACCUACAGUUCCUCUCAAGAGAAACAAGAAAGAAGCAUCUUCUUCAGCUAUUGAUGAAGCACUUAGCAAACCACAAAGAAGUGAACGUGGUGGCCGAGGAGGUCGUGGUGGAGCUAGCCGUGGACGUGGUCGAGGACGAGGCUUGAUCAUUGUUGAUACAUCCACUGCUUCUGGUAUUUUCUCAUUAGGUCCUUCUGCUGUAUCUCGUGGUCGACCUGGUGGAUUUGGAGGUGGUGGAUUUGCUUCUUAUGGUGGCGAUGUGCCCAGUCGGGCAGAAGGAGAAAAUGAAAACUCUGAUAUGGUAGAGAUGUUUACCAACAGUAUAGAUAAAGACACGCCUGUGACAUUUAGACAUGUUUCUGCCCAAGACAGUGAUAUUGAUCCAGUGACAUUAGAACAAAAAAUGGGCAAGAUCCCUUGGAUGACAGUCAAAUCAAAAAAACCAGCCAGGACAAUCGACACCGAGUUGGACAAAGUCAAGUCAGAACACAAUGACGACAUGGAUCUAGACAGUGCAGAAUCAAAGCCAACCAGAAUAGAAGAAGAGGAAGAAGAGGAGGAGCCAGUGCCAUUACCUAAGGUUUACAUGAGUAGCGAUUCACCUGCACAAAACAUUUUUGCACUUGAUGAAAAGCAGCGCCUUGUUUGUGUGGCAGAAGAAGAAUUAUUGUUUUUCCAGUUGCCUAUUGUUGUACCCAAAUUUGAAAAGAACAAGGAAGAAGAUGUUGAUAUGAUAGAAGAAAAGAAAGAAGAAGGAGCCGCUACAGACGGUUUGCCUCCAGCAGCCAAGAAAUCAUCAUUAGAGGAAGCCAUGUCUGGCAUGAGUUUGGAAGAUAUGCCUAGUGGCCAGAUAGGUAAAUUGGUCAUUUACAAAUCUGGUAAAAUGAAGAUGAAAUUUGGCAAUAUCUUGUUGGAUGUCAAUCAAGGUUUGCAAUCUACUUUUCUCGAGAAUGUUAUGGUGGUGGAUCAUGAAAGUGAAGAAACAAAGAAGGCCAUUGAAUUGGGACAUGUUGUGCAAAAGUUUGUGUGUGUGCCCAAUAUGGAUUCACUCUUGAACCUUGAAGAAGAAGCGCUGAAUAAUGAAGAAUAAAAGUAAAAAAAAAAAAAAGAAUUAGGAAUGUAGAAGAACUUUAUCUGGCUUUCAAAGAACGCGACACAUGUUUAUU